UAAUUAGGAUUUCACUUGUGAAUAGUUUAGUUGAAGUUUUCUGGUUGUGACUAUUGUCAUUAUUUUCUUUUGAAUGCAACCAGUAUGGUUUACUAAGACUUUUCAGCUUAAUUUAGAAUGGCUAACUACCUUAUUGUCCAUCUCAUGUUUUUUGACUUUUCGUUAAUGCGCAUAAGGUCUAAUUUUUUUAGUAAAUUGGUACCUGGGUACUGAUAAUGAGUCUAGAACUUUGGAAUGACUCUUAGAAGUCAAAAAGAAAAGAAAAGAAAAGAAAAAGGAUUUAUGUUGUUUCCAUAAAAAUUAGCAGGGAGGAUAUCGAUUUCAAUAUGAGGCAGAUUUGUGUUAUCUUUGACUACCAUCACUCUCUUGGCUCAUGUUAGUUGAGCUUUCCUAUGCCCAUUCCCUUCUUUAGAUCACUUUCAUUGUUUUGGAGUGCCUGUGGCUUGGUUUUUCAAGCUUCAUAGUUCAGAGGCUAUUUUAGAAUCUAAUUCAAUUAAUAUUUUUUCCUGAAUGUGUUAACCCUGGCUAACUUUGUCAAUACAUGAUGGAUCAAUGUUGUUAUAUUGUAGCAAUUUUACUUGCUGCAUUUGCACCUGAAUGUUCGUAUUUGCUUUUUUUUCCCUACAUAUUGAAUAGCGAUUGGUGAUUCUGGGCUUUGGUAAUUCAACAAUUAGCUUGUACUGUUUCAGGACUAAUGGCUAGUCAAGUUUUUGCAAAUCGGCCAAUGUCUUCCUUUGAGUUUGAGCUUGUUGAAGGUGACUCUGAUCAGCAUAGGAGUGUUGUAGCAUCACCAAACCAGGUUAGUCCAUGGAUUGACCCAACAACGAUAAAACUCAGGCACCGAAUUGGAAGGGGUUCUUUUGGUGACGUUUGGUUGGCAACCCAUCAUCAAACAACUGAAGAGUAUGAACAGUAUCAUGAAGUAGCUGUCAAGGUGUUACAUCCUAUUAAGGAUUACAAUGCUCAGGAUGUAUUGAAUAUGUUGAAUGAUUUGUUUUCUAAGUGUCGAGGAUUAAAAGGUGUUUGUUGGCUGCAUGGUGUUACAACUAUAAGUGGAAAGAUAUGCAUUGUUAUGAAAUUUUAUGAGGGCUCCAUUGGUGAUAAAAUGACUCGCCUUAAAAGGGGAAAGCUGUUACUACGUGAUGUUUUGAGGUACGGAAUUGAUCUAGCUGAGGGAAUAAUGCAACUACAUUCAAAAGAGAUCCUAGUCCUAAACCUUAAACCUUUUAAUUUUCUUUUGGAUGAAAAUGACCAGGCAGUGCUUGGGGACAUAGGGAUUUCUUGUGUAUUGCUAGGUACUCCAUUACCGAGGUCAGAUAUGACUCGAAGACUUGGUACUCCAAACUAUAUGGCUCCAGAACAAUGGCUACCAGAAGUAAGAGGUCCGAUAUCCUUUGAGACUGAUUCGUGGGGAUUUGGUUGCAGCAUUGUGGAGAUGUUGACCGGCAUGCAGCCUUGGCGUGGUAAAUCAGUUGACGAGAUAUACACCUUGGUUGUGGAAGAGCAAGAAAAACCAUACGUUCCUGGUGGUCUUCCUCCAGCAGUUGAAAAUGUCAUUAUUGGAUGUUUUGAGUAUGACUUCAGGAGUCGCCCUCUAAUGGAAGACAUAUUACAUGCAUUUAAAAGGUAG